AUGAGUCAAACAAAGCGAACUUCUGACGAUCUCGAAAACGAGAAUGACGAUUUUGUUCCUUAUGUUCCUAUUAAACAACGCCGUGAGGCAAAAGUCAGAAAGUUGCAAAGAAUGCGACAUUUACCAGAACCGCAGGUUGAAAGAGAAGAAAAUGAGAAAGACGAAGAUUCCUUAGUGGCAGGUCCAAAAGCCAACAUUAGCUUAAUUGAUCAAGCGGUUGAGGUUAAAAAACAAAAAGCAUUGGAAGAUUCUAUGAAAACCGAUGCAGAGAAGAAACUCGAAGAAGAGAAGGCUAUUAUGGAAGCAGUUGCACAACGAAAAUUGCUGGCUUCUGAUAGAGAACUGGCCAAAAAUAUUAUAUAUCAUGAUCCAAUAAAAACAACAUGGCGACCACCACGUCACAUUCGUGAAAGAUCCCAACAAGAACAUGACGAGAUCAGAAAAAAAUACACUAUUUUAGUAGAGGGUGAGAACAUACCGCCACCAAUAAAACAUUUUCGCGAUAUGAAAUUUCCUACACCGAUAUUGGACUAUCUCAAAUCAUGCGGUAUCAGACGACCAACACCGAUUCAAGUACAAGGCCUUCCCGUCGCAUUAUCUGGACGCGAUAUGAUCGGAAUUGCCUUUACAGGGUCAGGCAAGACUUUGGCUUUUUCGUUGCCAUUGGUGAUGUUGGCUUUGGAGAUGGAAAUGAAAUUGCCAUUAGUUAAAGGCGAGGGACCGGUUGGCAUGAUAGUAUGUCCAUCGCGUGAACUUGCAAGACAAACAUUCGAAAGUAUAUGCAAAAUGAUUGAUUUUACAACACGUGGUGGAUUUCCCAAAAUAAACCCAUUGUUAUGCAUUGGUGGUAUUUCAAUGAGUGAUCAAUCGCGAGUUUUUAGCAAUGGACUUCAUAUAGUGGUUGCUACGCCAGGACGAUUACAAGAUAUGCUGUCUAAGAAAAAAUUCAAUUUGGAUUUAUGCAAGUUUUUGUGUUUGGAUGAGGCAGAUCGUAUGAUUGAUAUGGGUUUCGAGGAUGAUGUUAGAAAUAUAAUGUCUUAUUUUACAGGCCAAAGACAAACUUUAUUAUAUUCGGCCACCAUGCCAAAGAAAAUCCAAGAUUUCGCGAGAUCAGCAUUAGUAAAACCAGUAAUUGUUAAUGUUGGCCGUGCUGGCGCAGCCAAUUUGGAUGUUUUGCAGGAAGUGGAAUAUGUCAAACAAGAAGCCAAAAUCGUAUACCUUUUGGAAUGCUUGCAAAAGACUCCGCCUCCGGUAUUGGUUUUUGCUGAGAAUAAGAAUGAUGUGGACGAUAUUCAUGAGUAUCUCCUUUUGAAAGGUGUUGAGGCUGUUGCUAUACAUGGAGGAAAAACUCAAGACGAGCGUGAAUUCGCUAUUAGAUCAUUUAAAGAAUAUAAAAAGGACGUGUUGGUAGCCUCGGAUGUUGCUUCCAAAGGUCUUGACUUUCCUGACAUCAAACACGUCAUUAAUUAUGAUAUGCCAAAAGAGAUAGAAAAUUAUGUACAUAGAAUUGGUCGCACAGGGCGUUCCGGAAAGACAGGCGUGGCCACUACUUUUAUAAAUAUGAAUUGUUCGGAACAGAUUUUAUUGGAUCUCAAACAUCUCCUUCGUGAAGCAAAACAACGUGUGCCUCCUGUUCUAGAAGCAAUGGAAGAUCCAACGGAUAAAUAUAAUCUUCAUGGUGGAUGUACAUUUUGUGGCGGUCUUGGACAUCGUAUAGGUGACUGUCCGAAAUUGGAUGCACAAAGACGGCAACAAGUUGGCAAUAUUGGACGAAGUGGUGGUGGUGAAAGAGGUGGCGGUGAAUACUAA